CCACGUUGAAUACGACACGGCGCUGUUCCGGAAGAUGACAGCGCAAGAAGGUGUGUUUCCGGAAGACGUGGCUGUUGCUGCAGUGGCAGCUGUCAUCAGAGUCUCCACACAGGACUUCUUCCACUGCUUCUUCUCUCAGAUUUACUGUUUCUAGUUCAUCUUCGCUCGGUCGUUCGGCGUCAAGAUGAUUUCCCUGACGGACUCCCAAAAGAUCGGAAUGGGAUUGACAGGCUUCGGCGUGUUCUUCCUCUUCUUCGGAAUGAUCCUGUUCUUUGACAAAGCUCUCCUGGCUAUUGGAAACAUCCUGUUUGUUGCUGGACUCGCCUUCGUCAUUGGGCUGGAGAGGACCUUCCGCUUCUUCUUCCAGAAGCACAAGAUGAAGGCCACCAGUUUCUUCCUUGGAGGUGUGUUUGUGGUGCUGAUUGGCUGGCCCAUCAUCGGAGUCGUGCUGGAGAUCUACGGCUUUUUCCUCUUGUUCAGGGGUUUCUUCCCAGUCGUCGUUGGCUUUAUCAGAAGAAUACCUGUCCUCGGCUCCAUCCUCAACCUGCCCUUCAUCAGUGCACCUUCGUAAGGCUCUGAGGACAAUCAGCAGUCGUGUACGUGGACAAAGUGGGCGAGAGCAACACCAUGGUAUAACAGUGACUUUUUGUACCCAGAGAAGGCUGUUUGACUACAGCAGGUUUUAUAACAACACAUUGUCCCAUCGGGCUGAUCAGCAGUUAAGGUUAUACAUUCAGAUCCCUCCCCCCUCCAGCAGGCAAAGACUGCUUUCUGUCUGUCUAUAAUUUCACUGGUCAGUGCUACCAAUCAAAGGUUCAUCAGAGCGUUGCCCCACCAGUCUGUUACUAAAGGGUGGAGUUACUAAGGUCACUACAAUAAAUAUUUCAAAUGCUAUUGAUCCCAUCGCUGUUGAGUGCAUCUGGCAUGAAAAUGGAGGAUGGAAGACUCCCUUAAAGCAGCAUUGACUCUGUCUGCGUGACUUUCUCCCUCUGUGGAACAGACAGACAAAAGUACCAACUGUCAACGAGGAUGAGAAGUGGACUGACAGCUUGCCAUAUUUCCACAUUUCUGUGCCUGUGCUUUAACUUUAUUUGGACGAAAGCUUUAAAGUCCACUUUUUGUCUCUUUGCAGUUUCUGUGUUUCUCUUCGUCUUGCAACUGUUUGGAUACCAAGUGUGGCUAUUGUAAUAUUCCUUUUGUUCCAUGUGAUUUCUUUUUACGGUUGGCUAAUGAGUAAUUCAGUAAAUUAUUUUUAAAAAGAUCAGUGCUUCACUUGUAAAGUGAGGUGCUAUGGGAUCAUACUACCAUAAUAUUAUUGUUUCUACUACUAUUGGAGUCUGAUCAUGCCAGGAAGUGGCAGGCUUCAACACCUAAAUCACUAGAACGCAGGGGUGGUGAAGUUCAUGCAGGUGGUGCUGGAAGCUUGAUUAUUUAGUGUCUACUCACAAGACUAGCUAGCAAAUCCACUGUAGCUGGUGAGCUAACGCGCUAGCCAGCCAGAAACAUGCUGGUGCAAGUUUGUCACAAAAGUUCUCCAAGCUAACUGUCAGUAAAAAGCUAGUUAGCUCAGCCAUUAACUGGAAAAUACUGUAGGUUUGUUUCCAUAUCUCCACACCAUAAACACUUUGCACUCCAGCACAGCAGCAUUAAAUGACACAGCUAACAGGCUAUGAUAGCUUCCUCUGAUUUGGACUGUCCAGCUCCCCGUGUCCCCUCAGACGUCAGCUUUGUUAAGCCGCUCGCUGCCGUGUAAAAGUUGACCAAAGUUGAACUUUUCAAAUACUGGCGUGACCAGGUCUACCUUGCUGUUUUCCAAAGUAUAUAAUGAUUUUUUUUGGACUUCCUAUCUUCCUAUCUGAGCAGCUGCUUAGAGCUCGCGUGUCACAGUUACGUGGUUAAGUAGCAAGAUGCAACAAAAUGUUUCUCAUAAAGGAAGUUACACAUAACGAGGAUAUGUGUUCAUCGGAAUGGAUUACAUGAGAAGGAAGGUUUCUCUGGAGGUUGAUUUACAUAGCACACUGAAAUGAAGUGAAACCAGGGGCUGCCAGGAAGGUAGAACAUUAGUCUAAGAAUGUGUAGUAUACUUUGGAAAAUGCUCAGUGCUGUAAGGGUCUUCAAGCCAAAACUGCAAAACUAAGACCCAAGUUGUCAUAAACUUAGUCUAUACCGGACUAAAACAUGCAGAACACUGGUAUGGUCAGAAAAUCAGUUAUUUCAACAGCCAAUAAAGUGUUUGUGUUAACAAAUUAACUCUUUUCAAACCAUAGAACUUUACUCCACUCUACCCUGCAAACCCCUUCAGACUCUAAACUGUGAAGCUGUUGCAGCUUUACAUGUUUGUGGAUGUGCACACAGUUUUAUCAGAUCAUACCAACACAGAGAAUCUCUCUCCUCAUUCGUUUGUUCAUCCAGUGUCCUUGAACUCUUUGAGUUUUUAAAUGUUCUAGUUGUCCUGUUUUCUUCUUUCUUCUUUUUUUUUUUUGAUAAAUAAAAGACAGACACUUAUUCCUGAUGCAACUACAACCCAGGACAUGAAUUCUUCACCUGUGGGUCUUUUUGUUCAGAGCAUCCAGAAACCUGAAGUUACCUGUGAAAUGACAAUGUUUUCUUGUAUGGCACUUUUGUAAAUAUACUAUGGAAGUCAGCUUUGUAUCUGC